CUUUCGAGUGGAUAUAUAGUAGGCUAGUUUAUAAACUCUCGUCUCAUAAAGCUGCUCAGCCUUCUUCUCCAUCUGAACAUCAUCAUCAUCAUCAUCAUGGUGUCUCCAGGUUUACUGAACGUCGCUCUGCUGUUGUCACUGUGUGUGCGCCUUGCUUUUGGCUUGGCUGUCAGAGAGGACGUGUUGGAGGUUAAAUCUGUCAUUGGUGCGGAUUGUACUGUUCAGUGCACCGCAGAAUACAAACCUGGUGUGCAGUACAUGGCACUGAGAUGGUACAAGGUCGGAGAGCCUCCGUCGCCUUCUCUCAGCGGCCUUUUGUCCCACGACUUCCGCAACGCCACGACGCGAUGGUACACCGGCGUGGAGCGAGAGGUGGAGCUGCUGACCGAGUCCAGCAGCAUCUUCCUGCCCAACGUGACGUGCGGUGACGGCGGCAUGUACAUCUGUCACCUGGCGGCACCUGUGGGAGAACAGAACCGGGAGGGGCAGGUCCGCCUCACUCUGACAGAUUGUCCUGAGAGUUCAACAGAAAAUCUGCUGACAGAUGCUUACAUGGUUAUUAUCGCCACUGCAGUGCUGAUGUUUGCACUUGUAAUAUUCAGAAUCAGCUAUGUUAGUUUGAGGAAUACCAUCAGAGGCAAAAACAAGGCAACAGUCAAAGAAACGUUCUUGGACGCACCGCUCAAACCGCUUGAAAAAAAGGACUUAAUGUUGAUAUAUACUUUGGGUCCUAAAUUGUCUCCCACAAUGAAGCAUGUCUGUGUUUAAAGACAAAGCAUGUGCUGAAACAUCCUACUGUCAGGAGGCUACCUGACGAACUCCACAAAAUAGCUUCUUCAUUAUCUAUUACUUGUCCUCAGUUGGUGCCACUUGUAAUUCAAUGUGUGAAAUAGCGGAGUGAACAUUUUCAUAUGAAAAACAGAUGAAAAAAAUCCAAUUUGGACAGCAUGAGCAGGAGAGCUCACCUUCAAGUUUUUAUCUACAAAAUCACCUCCAGCCUCGUGACUGGAACACUGAAGAAUAAGCAACAGAAGCGUCAGGUUUAAUUAGACAACCCUUAAUCACAAUGACAGACUUCUAUUAAAUGAUGCCCUUACCCUUAAAACUUCAGCUGAGGACCAACUCGUAGAAAACUCUUCGGAAGCUACAACAAAUGUGGACACAGAACGGGUUCUUCCUCUCCGGACUGUCAGGCGGCGAAACUGGACACGUGGCUGGACGCCGACACCAACAAACUGUGGCUCAGCAGGUACAGACAGAUUGGCAGUUCGAUCCCCAGCUCCUCCUGUCCAUGUGUGGAAGUGUCCUUGGGCAAAACACUGAACCCCCCCCCCGAUGGUCAGGCCUGGUAGCUCACUGCUAUCGGUGUGUGAGUGUCAAUGGGUGAAGAUGAACAGCAACUUGUUGUGAGGAGUGUAUUGAAGUGAGUUAUUGUGCGUUUUAUUGCUGAAACACUUUCAACGCUUUAUUUUAUAAAUUGAUCUACUAUUAGACAUGAAUGCAAUGUUGUUAGAAAGGCUAUGUUUAAAGGGUCAGCUCAUAUCAGAUCAGAUGUUUGUCUAUUUCAUAUUUGAACAGCAGAAAACCAGAUGGAAACUGGAGUCAGAAUCUGAAAAUCUGAUUCAAGCCACGUGUAAGAAAUGCGUCUCCAGAUUCACCUCACUCAGUCACUUGUAAAUACCAGUGCGGUCAGAGUCCUAAAAAUACGUUUGUAUCUUUUUCAUCACAUGUGGAGGUGGAAAACUCCAACUGGGGACACUUUUAGCAGCAGUGAGAACUGAAACUAGGGCCCUUUUUAAAACAAAAAACUGAAACUGAGUGACAUACUCACACGCGCCUCUGCUCUGUGAUAUUUACAUUUUGUCUGAACUUUAUUUUAAAUCUGGGCAAGUCCAGAGAGACAGUCACAUUAUUACUGUCUGGACUUUUUUACAAGGUAGCACUUCUUUAAAAAUGAUGAGAAGCCACUAUGUAUGUACUGUGUGUGUGUACGUGGACUAGUGACAGUGUGUGUAUGUACUGUAUGGAUGUUAUUUUGUAUCUUUAAACAGCAGAUCACUGCAACAUAUUUUAAUAUACUAUUUUUUUCUUUGUGGUACAAGAAAGAUAAAGCACAAAUAUAGUAAACAAUGUUUUAUGUUGUUUGACACAGUUUGAGACUUGUAUGUAGAUUUUUGUUUUGUUUCAGCUGAAAAAGUGAAUAAUGUUAUACAAAAGAAUAGACAGAGGAGGAUGCAGAGUAAAUUGAGGACAAUUUGCCUAUGACCUCCAAAAAGAAUGAUUGAAAAGUUUGUUUGUAGUAAUGUGUGUUGUAAGAUUUUGGGUUCUUAGCAUGUUGAAAUUUCCAGAAAUAAUGAGCCAAGAAAAGAGAGUUUGUGGUGAGAAAUGGAUCUCAUGACUCUGAGAUCAGUUUUGAAUUGAGAAGAGUAAGUUGAGGAAAAGUUAUGGCAUUUUCUUGGUCCCGUGAUACAAAUAUCAGUGGCCUGGUGCAUUUAUCUUAAAGGAGCUGUAUGCGACAUUCACUGCCAGUAAAAGUCACACUGGAGCACCAGCAUCUGGUUCAGGCAUGUUUGACAAAUUAUCUCUAUAUUCAGGAUUACGUUACUCACCUUUGUUUGUGAUUAAGUUUAUGAUUAAGUUAAGACAGAGUUGACAUCUGCUCUACUGUUUGUUUUAGGUUGUUAUAAAAAGAAAUGCAGGUUGUAUGUCACAGAAAUGAUGGUGUGUAGGGGAACUCCAUCUAAUGUGUUUCUAUUCUGCAAAAAUGUUUUUUUAAUUUCAAGCCAGAACUUCAUUCUGAAAACUGCAAACAUAACAGAACUUAAAUAACAACUCAGGAAACAGGACAUUUUCUUCCAAAAAAUAAAGACAUAAGGAGAAAUAAUGUAAGUAAGUGAGGAAACUUGUGGUGUGUGUUAUGUCCAUUUCAUGUAUACAGUGAAGAUUUGAAGUCAAAAUGGAGGUUGAUGUAUUAAAAAUGGAGGUUGAUGUAUUAAAAAUCUUAAGGAUUAUAAUUUCAAGUGUUUGAAUCUUGAGGUUGUCUCGCAAUGUUUUUAACAUAAUGUGAUCGUCAUGAUGAUCAUAUUCUAGACUUUAACAGCUCUGCUGCUGCUGCUGCUGCUGCAUUAAUACUUGUGUAAUAUUCAUGUUUGAGAAAACUAGUUAAAUGGAUUUGGAUUUGUGUCUCUUUCCAUCCUGUUUCAUCAAGUUUCAUCAAAAAAGCUGGACCAUAAUAAAAAAAUUUUGAACCUCU